GUCAAGGAAAUGAUGUCACUCAUCACCGGCGUGGACGUGGACGAAGAAAAGCGCCAAAAGGCCGUAUCCAACAUUCUAGUUCUUUCUCGUGAACAAGCGGGUGCAGAGUUUAUUUGGAAAGAAAAUCUCGUGCCGGCGAUCGUUACAGCCGCCAACAAGUCCGUUUCUGCCCGAAAAUCCUACGGCAUCAAACGUUUCGAGAUCACCAUCACGGUCAUACGAAUCCUUUCUGAAUUGUGCAAGAACAACCUCGAAAGAACAAAAGGAAUCUUACGGCAAGUCGGUCUUCCGUGGCUGAUAGAGCACUUGUACAUCGUGGGAACGGAUAUUGGAUUAGGGAAAGAAAGCAGCUUGGGGAACGAGGCGGAGGCUGUGUUCACAGCCACUGAGUAUUGUUUUCAGGCCAUCUUGGACGCUUUAGCUGGCAAGCAUAUGACUUUCAAACGGGAUGAGAAGUCGAAAUAUUUGGAAGGGAACAAAAUUGAGAUUGAUGCCGUUUUGUCUUUACUUCUGGUUUCUUGCACGAAGCGUACCCUCUCGGCACAGGGACGUGAUGCUAUCUUGGAGUUGAUUAUGAAAAAUGUCGAUUCAACUGCUGUGGACUGGGCCAUGUCAUUUGUGGAUCGUGAGGGAGUCCAGAAGAUGCUCGAGAUUUGCUCAGAACUUCCGGAUUACAAGUUUGAGUCCAGCAUGGAAGUCACUGAUAGCACAAGCACACUCGUGGCCGUAACCUUGGGAAAGGUUUACGAAAAUAUGUACUAUGAUAAGGCCCGGGAAAAGUUCUUGUCAAAAGUUGACGAUUUUGUGAAAGAUAGGCUUUUGGAUCCUGAUAUCGAGUCCAAAGUUCGGGUAACUGUUGCCUUAACCGCCCUUCUGCGUGGGCCAUUCGACGUUGGUAAUCAAAUAAUUGGCCGCGAAGGCAUCUUGGAAAUGCUCCUCGUCAUGGCCGGCACUGAAGAUGAAAUUCAACAACGCGUUGCAUCGGAGGCAAUUAUUGCUGCAGCUUCGAAGAAGGACAAAGUGAAGCCCAUCAUUUCUCAAGGGACUAAUAUUUUGAAGAAGCUGUACAUGUCGAAGAAUGAGAAUAUCAAGGUACGUGGAUUAGUUGGAUUAUGCAAAUUGGGCGGAUCAUCUGGAUCUGAUGCGUCCAUUCGACCGUUUGCUGAUGGUUCAACCUUGAAGUUGGCUGAGGCCUGUCGCAGAUUUCUCAUCAAUCCAAGGCAUGACAAGGGUGUACGAAAGUGGGCAAUUGAAGGCCUAUCGUAUCUCACUCUCGACGCAGAAGUGAAGGAAAAGCUAAUAGAGGAUAAACAAGCUCUCGCGGCUAUGGUAGAGGUAGCCAAAAGCGGGGAUCUUUCUGUCGUGUACGGCUUCGUGACGACGCUAGUCAACCUGACCAACAGCUACGAGAAGCAAGAAGUCAUCCCGGAAAUGAUCGAAUUGGCCAAGUUUGCCAAACAACACGUGCCUGAAGAACACGAGCUGGAUGAUAAGGACUUUGUUUUGAAGCGUGCCGAGAUUUUGGCCAAGGCUGGGAUGACUUCCGGACUGGUGGCCUUGUCCAAAACAGACAGUGAUAAUUGCAAGGAACUCAUUGCUCGUGUGUUGAAUGCCAUGUGUGAGAUGGCGGAGUUGCGGGGCAUUGUGGUGCAGCAGGGAGGUGCAAAGAUCUUGAUACCGAUGGCACUUGAAGGUACCGUAAAGGGCAAACGCCAAGCGAUUCAAGCGAUCGCGAGAAUCGGCAUCACAAUCAAUCCGGAAGUGGCCUUCCCUGGACAGCGAAGUUGCGAAGUCGUUCGUCCACUCCUCAAGAAUCUCCAUGUGGAGUGUUCAGCGUUGGAAAACUUCGAGUCGCUCAUGUGCCUGACCAACUUGGCUGGCAUGAACGAAACCGUGAGGAAGCGUAUCAUCAAGGAAGGUGGUUUGAGUUGGAUAGAACAUUACUUGUAUGAAGACCACGAGAUGCUGAAAAGAGCUGCUGCUCAGGCCAUCAACAACAUGAUGCUUUCCGAAGAUGUCAUUAAAAUGCAUGAAGGGAAAAACGACAGAGUGAAGAUCCUCUUGCUGAUGGUGGAAGAAGAAGACAAGGAAACUCGUUUCGCGUGUGCCGGGGCCUUGGCAAUAGCAUCAGCAUACAGCAAGAAAGUGUGCGACAAGAUCCUCAAUUGCUCUCAACGAUCCAUCGAACUUCUUCAAUUCCUUCUCGCAAAUCCCGAACAAGAGCUUCAGCAUCGCGGCGCGUGUAUAAUUGCCAAUAUCAUGAACACCAGCAAACGUUUGGCAGAGAAGAUGAUCGAGACGCCGUUGAUGGAAGUGCUGAUGGCUGUGGAGCAGCAGCAGCACUUGUUGCCCGAGGGUGAAGCUAGUCCGAAAGUGCUCAAGUAUGUUGAGGAAUCUUUGCGAUUGGCGAAGGAGUGGAAGUUGAUCAAAUCUUCGGAUGAUGCGGAUCAAGGCAGCGAUGUGGAAUGAUUGUGUUCGAAUUAUCUACGAAGAAAAAAAGGGGGGUUAUUUUCCUUGGUGGGGUGGGGUCAGGAUCAAUUCCAGUGCCCAGUGUUACGAAUUCUUUGUACUGUACUUUACUUUACUGUACCCUGUUGGUUUGGAGAAGAGUGUGGAUGCAAGUAUUGUGUGUCAAAAGACCCGAGGUGGUAUUGUUGCCUCUACCAAAACGUCAGCCAUUUUUGUUAUGUUUUAAAAGCUGACUCUUGAAAUCUAGUCAAAAUUUUGACCGGGCAGUUUGCCUUGGGUACCCAAUUUAACAUUGUUCAUUUGUUGAAUUUGUAACGUGUGUCCUUUAUUAGCUAAUGAUACGCAUUUGAUGAUAAUGAUUGUCGAAAAAAAAGGAGGCGUGCCCAAUUGGUUUUGUGCAAGAUUCUGCUCCCCUUUUUGCGAAGGUCCGCUGUGGGAAUUGAAUGCCCCCUGCAAAUCUUCUGAAUUUUCUCAAACUUUUUCUUAUUUAGAUGGGAUUCAUCAUGAUGGACAUAUUCCAUUGUGUUUCAUCCACGAUAACUUCCUGUUCUGUUCAUGAUUGCAUGACAAUUGGAACUUUGGUGCCUUUGUAGGAUUAUCCGGUUUGUGACCAGCUGUGAGCAAAAUCUGUAUGCCAGAAUAUGUUGGUUGAUAUAAAGUGGCCUUCCUUGAA